AUGGCUUUUCCUUCUAUGCUAAUCAUCAUCGCUAAUCUGAUUUUUGUUAUAUCUCAAAUUUCAUUUGCAACAGAUACUAUCACCCAGUCAACUCCAUUUCUUGAUGGCAGCACUUUGAUUUCUAAAGAUGGAACCUUUGAAUUGGGAUUUUUUGGUAAUUUCUCAAACCGUUAUAUAGGUAUUUGGUAUAAAAAUAUCCCGGUUCGAAGAGUUGUUUGGGUUGCAAAUCGUGAUAAUCCAACCAAAGAUGUUUCGAGCAAAUUGAUCAUAAAUCAGGAUGGAAACCUUGUGCUUCUCGACCACAAUGAAUCUCUUGUUUGGUCAAUAAACGCAACAAGAAAGAUUUUGAGUCCCGUUGUCCUUCAACUUUUGGACAACGGGAAUUUAGUACUCAGAUAUGAGAAUUCAAAUUCAAAUUUAGGAUUGAAUUUGGGAGAUGAAGAAAAUUUUUUGUGGCAGAGUUUUGAUUAUCCGUGUGAUACAAUAUUACCAGAAAUGAAGUUUGGAUGGAACAAAAAAACCGGAUUUGAAAAACGUCUUGUGGCUUGGAGAACUGCAAAUGAUCCGUCUUCAGGUGAUUUAACUAUAACCAUGAUGCAUACGAGCAAUCCCGAAGGAAUAAUUUGGAAAGGUUUAACAAAAUAUUAUAGGUCGGGUCCAUGGAAUGCUCAAACUAGUGGAGUUGUUGGAUUAAAGACUAAUCCACUUUAUAAUUUCGAAUUUAUCAACAACAAAGAUGAGGCGUAUUAUAGGUACACACUAAAAAACAAAUUUGUGAUUUCUAUAAUGAUUAUAAACCAAACCCUUUUGUCUCGCCAACGUCUCAUUUGGGUUCCCAAGUCAAAAACAUGGAGUGUUUAUCAAUCAUUGCCACUUGAUGCUUGUGAUUUUUACAAUGUUUGUGGCGUGAACGGACAUUGUAUCAUUGAUGGGUCGCCAAUGUGUCAAUGUUUAGACGGAUUUAAGCCGAAAUCCUAUCAACAAUGGAAUGCAAUGGAUUGGUCGCAAGGAUGCGUGCGGAGUGGAAAUUGGAGUUGUGGAGUUAAAAAACGAGACGGGUUUCAUAAAUUUGUCGGGAUGAAGUUUCCAGAUACUACGAAUUCUUGGAUCGAUCUAAGCAUGACACUUGAGAAUUGCAAAAUGAAAUGCUUACAAAAUUGUUCUUGCACUGCUUAUACAUACUUGAAUCCAACCAGAGUAGUUAGUGGUUGUUCUCUUUGGUUUGAGGAUCUUACUGAUUUGAGACUUUCACAAAGUAGUGGACAAGAUUUAUAUGUUCGUACAGAUACUAGUUCGGAUAUUGAUGUUAAACAUGGGUUGGAGAAAAAGGUAACUUUGGCAGUUUCAAUCACACUUUCCAUGACCCUUUUCACCCUAUUUGUUAUCUCUUACAUUUAUAUAACCAAAGCAAAACAUAAAGGGAAAAAUCUCCAAUGGGGGCAUGAAGAUUUUGAGCUUCCUCUAUUUGAUGUAUCCUCAAUACUCAAGGCUACCAAUAACUUCUCAUUUGAAAAUAAACUCGGUGAAGGUGGUUUUGGGCCCGUAUAUAAGGGUACAAUGGUAGAUGGACAAAUAAUUGCUGUGAAAAGGCUUUCAGAAAGUUCUGAACAAGGGUUGAUAGAAUUUAAAAAUGAAGUUAUAUUGUGUGCUAAAUUGCAACAUCGAAAUCUUGUGAGGGUUCUUGGUUGUUGCAUUGAAGGAGAGGAAAAAAUAUUACUUUAUGAGUACAUGCCUAAAAAAAGUCUUGAUUUAUUUAUUUUUGAUUCGGUUCAAAGUAAACUCUUAGAUUGGUCUAUGCGUUUCAAUAUCUUGAAUGGAGUUGCACGAGGACUUCAAUAUCUUCAUCAAGAUUCUAGGUUAAGGAUCAUACACAGAGAUUUAAAAGCGAGUAACAUUUUAUUAGAUAAUGAAAUGAACCCAAAAAUUUCAGAUUUUGGCCUAGCUAAAAUGUUCGGAGGUGAUCAAAUUGAAGGAAAGACAAGAAGAAUAGUUGGAACAUAUGGUUAUAUGGCACCUGAGUAUGUCAUUAAUGGAUUCUUCUCCAUAAAAUCCGAUGUAUUCAGCUUUGGUGUGUUAUUAUUAGAAGUGAUAAGUGGAAAGAAAAAUAGACCACUUACCUAUCAUGAACACGAUCACAAUCUUAUUUGGCAAGCAUGGAGAUUGUGGAGAGAAGGAGUCCCACAUGAAUUGAUUGAUAUUGGUUUAAAAGACACAUGUGUUCAAAAUGAAGCUUUACGAUGCAUUCAAAUAGGUCUUCUAUGUGUGCAACAUGUUCCCGAUUAUAGACCAAACAUGCCACAUAUAAUUAUGAUGUUAGGUAGUGAAAGUACUUUACCUCAACCAAAGGAGCCUGGUUUCUUAAAUGAAAUGAUAUCGACUAAAGAGAAAUUUAUUUCGAAAAGAAAAACAUCUUCUGUAAAUGAAAUAACUCUCUCAAUAUUAAGUUCUAGAUAG